CGGUGUUUUGAUGAUGAGAAAUGUCAUAACAAAUUGUUUAACCUGCUCGGCACUUUGAGUACUGAUUAUUUACUAGAAAUUCAACGUUAUUAUUUUAGUUUCUACAAAGUUUAAAAGGUACACACUUGUAUGCGGUUAUUGUUACGAUGAAGGCAAUAAUCCAGCGAGUCACAGCAGCAAAAGUAACUGUUGGUGAAGAACUCAUCAGUUCCAUUGGUAAAGGUCUCUGUGUCCUAGUAGGAAUCUCGAAUGAGGACAACACUAACGACGUAGAAUGGCUAGCCAAAAAGCUUCUCAACAUUCGCCUCUUCGAGGACGCCACCGGUAAGCGGUGGUCCCAGAGCGUUCUGGACCAGCAGCUGGAGAUUCUGUGCAUCAGUCAGUUCACUCUGUACAAUCGGAUGAAGGGCAAUAAGCCGGAUUUUAGCCGGGCGAUGCAGGGACCCGAAGCGCAAUCGCUGUACGGUGUUUUGUUGCAGCGGUUAGGCUCGCAGUAUCGUCCGGACAGGGUGAAAAACGGCCGGUUCGGGGCCAUGAUGCAGGUGCACAUUCAGAACGAUGGUCCCGUUACGAUCGAGCUGGAAUCACCCCCGCAGACCCAGCAAGAGUUGGAUAAGCUCAAAAGGGCUGAUGAACAUAGAGCUAAGGGUAAAAAAGUGGAAAAGAAUGAUAACUAGUUAAGGUUUGUUUUUAAAUAUAUUUAUUUUUCUUAGAGAACGGUUUGCUUUCUGCGUGUUCGUAAAUAUACAAUCAAGUAUGUUUGAUUUAACAAUA